AUGUUAAAAGAUAAUGGUCUGUUGUCUUCAUUAGGCAGUAUUGAAGCCAACUAUCCCUCCAGUACACCAACACCCACCAUCGUCACCCCCCCAUCUGGAUCCUCAAGCCCGCAUUCCAGGCCUCCAUCACCACGAGCUUCGCCCUUCAGAGCAAAGCUGGCUAAAGCGAGAGCCUCACCUCCCCCGAGUCGAAAGGCCAGUCCUCGACCACAGCUGGGUGUUGCCUUCAACGCCCCAGCUGACCAAAGCCAUGCGGGAGGAGUCGCGGGUGACUCCGACUUCUCAGACGAGGAAGCAGCGAUGGGGGAGACUAGGCCUCAACUGCACCGGCCCCAAGAUGAACGCUCCCAAACGCCGCUGCUGAAAGAGGAGAGAGAGCGAUCCUCAUAUGACGGCCCAAAUGGAAGUGCGCGGCCAGCUUUCGUCACGAAAAGAUCUACGUUUCGCAGCCGCAGUCCAGAUAUGGAGGAUUCAUCGGCGACGAGGAAGAAGUAUACUUAUGCGGCUUUCUUUUUGGUGUUGAGUUUGGUUAGCUUUACGAUUCAGACGGAAACGGCGGUCUAUGUUCAGCAUGAAUUGAAAUGGAAUAAGGCUUAUGCUAUGCUGUAUUUCACACACGGGUCCUGGUCAUUACUCUGGCCAACCCAACUUCUCAUCCUCCGCGUCUCGAAUUGGAGAACCCCAUGGAAAUCAUUCUGGCGCCGGCACAUCUACCUCGUCCGGACCACAGCCCAAAUGGUCGAAUCCCAUGACGUGCACCUUACAAGCCGAGAAUCCCACAAAUCGCCCGUUGCCUACAUCUUGAAGAAGACAGCCUUCAUCACAACAGCUUUGACCGUCGCCGGUGGGUCAUGGUACGUGGCAGUUGACAUGACCUCGGCCAGCGACCUCACAGCCAUAUACAACUGCUCCGCCUUUUGGGCCUACAUCUUCAGCAUACCUUUACUACACGACAAGCUGCGCUUCGACAAAGCGUUCUCCGUCCUUUUGGCCAUUGCGGGCGUCCUGAUCCUCGUAUACGGAGACUCUCUGCCGACCAUACAUGGGGGUAAAUCCGGUGGAUCGGUAGGCGGUGGUGAAAACCCCGACGACAGCUCGAACCGUACCUUGGGCAAUAUUGUCAUCGGCGUCGGCAGUGUACUGUAUGGACUGUACGAGGUGCUCUAUAAGAAGCUGGCCUGCCCGCCGGAGGGAACAAGCCCCGGGCGGGGCAUGUUGUUUGCGAACACCUUUGGGAGUCUGAUCGGCUGCUUUACGCUAUUGGUGCUGUGGAUACCGCUGCCAAUAUUGCAUUAUACAGGUAUAGAGGUGUUCGAGUGGCCGCACGGUGAAGCGGCGUGGAUGCUGCUGGUGUCCGUGCUGGCAAACGCCACGUUUUCCGGAUCCUUCCUCGUCCUCAUCUCCCUCACUUCACCGGUUCUGUCCUCGGUCGCUGCGCUUCUUACCAUAUUCACCGUGGCCGUGACGGAUUGGCUGCUCACCGGGAAGCCGUUGUCGCCUGCCGCCAUCGGGGGGGUUUGGUCAUCGUCGUUGCUUUUCUCUUGUUGA